UUCAUAAUCUCAUUCCAAAUUUGCAUUUAUUUUCUGUAAAAAAACUCCAAAAUGUUCUCAAAAUUCCAAAAAGCGUCGGAUAAGAUCAGGCUAAUUUUGCAAAACAAGGUCGAUUGCUCAGUGUUCGUUCGAUCCUUGAGCAUGAACCACAGGCAGAGCUCCAAAGUUCAGGCUAUCUACGACCUCUGUAAGACCUCCUUAACUCCCACCAGCUCUCCACUGUCUUCUCAAACUAUCCAGAAUCUAUGUUCCCUUUUGGACACGGUUAGCCCCGGGGAUUUUGGGCUUAAAGAAGAAAAUAUUGGUGACGACCGAGGGCAUGGACCGUUUGGACUGAGCCAAUUCAAUCGGAUAGCUAGAUGGGCUCAACCAAUAACAUAUAUUGAUAUAUUUGAAGGUGAAAGCUUUACUAUAUGUAUAUUCUGCUUUCCUACUUCUUCUGUCAUCCCCCUUCAUGACCAUCCUGGGAUGACUGUGUUUAGCAAAGUUCUCUAUGGUUCUCUCCAUGUGAAAGCCUAUGACUGGGUUGAACCUGCCUUCAUUCAGGAAAGUAAGGACUCCACCAAUUUUCCAGGAAGAUUAGCUAAGUUAUCAGUUGAUAAAGUUCUAACAGCAUCAAGUGGAACAUCCGUUUUGUACCCGAAGACCGGAGGUAAUCUGCAUUGUUUCACUGCAGUUUCGCCUUGUGCCGUGCUCGAUGUUCUCUCGCCUCCUUAUAACGAAGAUAAAGGAAGAAGAUGUACAUACUUCCAUGACUAUCCUUAUUCAACUUUUUCUGCAGAAUCCAAACCGAACCUAAACGAUGAAGAAGUAGAAGAUUAUGCCUGGCUUGCAAAAAUCGAGACCCCUGAUGAUCUAUACAUGCGUCCGGGGGUGUACGCUGGUCCUGCUAUUCAAAUAUAGGCGUUGACAGAUUUAGGAUUAUGGAGAUUCUUCCAACGUCGACCAGGAAAGCUACUUCUACCUGGGAUUAUACACUAGAUUUAGCUUUUGAGAGGAGGUUGAUGUUUUUGUCCUUUAUGCUGAGUUUACACAGUAUUGAUGACAGAAUUGUAAGGUAAAAGCUGCACCCAGUUGCUUGCUGUUUUAUCUUGGAAACUAAUAAACAUAGAUUACUGUUAGUUGUUA